CAAGAAGCGCCCCCUCCACGCAGCCCGGCCUGGUGGGCACUCUGGCCCGUGCCCCGGGGCUGACGGCCGGGCCGCUCGCCCUGUCCCUGGCCUGCGGGCCGUGCCCGGCUGUCCAGCAUGGUGAACUACUACGAGGUGCUGGGCGUGCCCCGCCAGGCCUCGAUCGAGGCCAUCAGGAAGGCGUACCGCAAGCUGGCGCUCAAGUGGCACCCGGACAAAAACCCUGAGAACAAGGAGGAGGCGGAGAGGAGAUUCAAACAAGUGGCCCAGGCCUACGAGGUGUUGUCAGACGCCAAGAAGAGGGACGUCUACGACCGAUACGGCGAGGCGGGCGUGGAGGGCGGCGGUGGCGGCCGGGGCGGCAGGCCCUUCGGGGACCCCUUCGAGGGCGUCUUCACCUUCCGCGACCCGGCCGACGUCUUCAGGGAGUUCUUCGGCGGCCGGGACCCGUUUUUGUCUCACUUCUUCGGAGACCCGCUUGAGAACACUGUGGGCGGUCGGAGGAGCUCCCGGGGAAGCAGAAGCAGAAGCAGAGGGUCCGCACCGAUUUUCUCCACCUUCAGUGAAUGUCCUGCAUUUGGAGGCGGUUUUUCUUCCUUUGAUACAGGAUUUACCUCCUUUGGUUCCCUGGGGAAUGGGGGCCUUUCUUCCUUCUCCAUGUCUUGUAGUGGUGGGACGGGCAACUUCAAAUCCAUGUCGACUUCCACCGAAAUCAUUAAUGGCAAGAAGAUCACCACCAAGAGAAUCAUUGAGAAUGGCCAAGAAAGGAUAGAGGUGGAAGAAGACGGAGAGUUAAAGUCCAUGAUAAUAAAUGGCAAAGAGCAGUUGCUACGCCUUGACACCAAGUGAUUCGGGUCCACAUUUAAUUCAGAGCACAUUCUGAGGAAGGGCAGGACGUUCCUUUUUUUUUUUUGAAGAUUGCAAGCGAACUCUACUUUCAAAACAACUGUUCUCAAGAAUUUAGAAACAGUUCAAGGCGAUGCCUAUUUGUUGUUGUUGGGACCACAGAAUGGGACCUCUGUUUUUCUUUAAAACUGUGGUACAUAUCUGUAUGCACUUUGCUAUUUAUUAAACAUCCCAAGGC